AUGCGCUCCCAGCUCAGCGACCAGCCGCGCCAGGCCAUGCACAGGCUCACCCAGUGGUACAGCCCCGUCAUGCUCCUCCGCCUCGGCCACGUCCCGACGCUCGUGCUCUCCUCCCCGGAGGCGGCAAAGGAGGUCAUGAAGGCCCCCGGCGAGGCCGUAUUCGCCAGCCAGCCCGGCGGCGAGAACUUCUCCUUGGCUGAGCUGCUCAGCCCGGGGCACAUCCGGUCAUUCCGCCCCUUUCUGGACGAGGAGGCGGCGUGCCUCGCGGCGAGCAUCUCCUUCACCAUGUCGUAUUGUGGGCCGGUGCUUGUGGACGUCCGUGAUAGGGCGAAGGCCAUGAUGAAGGACAUCUUCAUGAAAAUCGUCUUCGGGGACUAUCCUCGUUGGAAGUCUGUUUUCUUCAUGAGGUCCUCCGUCGGACACAGGUGCCCUCAGCUGGAGGCGUAUCUCGAGGAGCUGCAUGAGGUGUUGGAUGUGAUGUCGGGGCUCGACCCGAGCGACCUAUUCCCGACGGAAGAGGCGCUCGGCGGCGGGUCACAGAGGGCGACACAGGAGGUGCACGAGAGGUUCCGGUCUAUAAUGGACGCCUUGAUCCGUUACCACACGAUGGCGAUGGAGAGCGAGGAAGCCGAUGCCGGUCCUGAUCGCAGGGGGGACAUCCUCACCACUCUGCUGCUGUUACGGAGGGAUGGCGGUAUGACUCUCACUGACGAAAAUAUCGGCUCCGUCCUAUUCGAAAUUUUCUCCGUGGGAUUGGAGACGACAUCGACAACAAUAAUAUGGGCCAUGUCGGAGCUUAUGAAAAGCCCACAAAAAAUGACCAUCGCACAGUUGGAAAUUCGGCGAGUCCUGCACCACAAGAAUCUAACUGAGGCCAACAUCGACAGCCAACUCCCAUACCUUCAGAUGAUCAUCAAGGAGACCCUUAGGUUACAUCCACCGAUGUCGUUUAUCAUCACGAGAUUGUGCACAGAGCCGGGCAAGAUCAGGGCCUACAACAUGCUGCCAAGAACCAAUGUGUUGGUGAAUAUGUGGGCAAUUGGUAGGGACGAGAAGAGUUGGACCAAUGCUACCGAGUUCCUGCCUGAGAGGUUUGAGGAUGAGGUGGUUGACUACGAUUGUUCAGACUUCUAUUUCCUCCCUUGUGACGCUAGGCAUAGCCAGCGUAUGAUGUUUGGAAUGUCCAGCAUUGAGAUAGCUCUUGCGAGCCUUCUCUGGACCUUUGACUGGAAGCUUCUUAGUGGCAGGAAGCCGGAGGAGCUUGAUAUGCCUGACGUGAAUGGGAUCACGAAGCGUGGUAGGACUGAGCUCUUGUUGGAAGCUAUUGAUCAUUUUUUAGCUCUUUAG